AUUCACCAAUCGCAAUUAGGUAUUUCAUUUUAUAACAAAAAAUAUGCCAUCUUUUAUCCAAUUACCAAAAACAUUUGAUUAUAUAAUAAAUAAUUAUUUAAGACCAGCAUCAUAGUUUUUAUUUGAUAUUUCAUACUUUUCACAUUAUAACAAAAAAUAAUAGCACAACAUGUUCAAAAAAAUUGCUGUGGGUAUUUCUGGUGGUGUAGAUAGUGCUGUAACAGCAUUUCUGUUAAAGAGCGCCGGCUAUCAGGUGGAAGGAGUUUUCAUGAGAAAUUGGGACAAUAAUUACGAAGUCGGUUUUUGUUCAGAUGAGAAAGAUUAUGAGGAUGCAUCAUUUGUUUGUCGUAAGCUUGAUGUUCCUCUACACAGAGUGCACUUUAUAAAAGAAUAUUGGAAUGAUGUUUUCACCACAUUAUUAAAGGAAUAUGAAUCAGGAUUGACCCCAAAUCCGGACAUACUUUGCAACAGAUAUAUUAAAUUUGAUAGAUUUUUUGAACAUUGCAGGAACAAUUUAGCUGUAGAUGCCAUUGCAACUGGCCACUAUGCUAAUACAACUUUUGGACCAUAUUUAGAGAAUUUUAAAGAAGAUGAAAGUGUAAAGCUUCUACAGCCACUUGACAAACAUAAAGAUCAAACAUUUUUUCUGUCCCAAGUAAAACAAUUCUCAUUAAGAAGAUGUAUGUUUCCAUUAGCAAGAUAUUUAAAAAGUGAAGUAAGAGAAAUAGCAAGAAAGAAAGGUCUUAUGAAUAUUGCUAGAAAAAGGGAUAGUACAGGAAUAUGUUUUAUUGGCAAAAAGAAAUUCAAAAAUUUCAUUCAAGAGUUUAUUCCUGAGAAGAAUGGACACUUUAUUGAUAUUGAUACAGGACAAAUUGUGGGAGAGCAUACUGGUAUCCAUAAUUGGACAAUAGGACAACGAUGUUGUUUGCAAAGCUUUAAAGAUGCAUACUUUAUUUUUAAAAAAGAUGUUGUUUCUAAUAAUAUUUAUGUUGUUGCGGGUACUAAACAUCCUGCUCUCUGGAAUAAUAUUUGCUACACCUACCACCCUCACUGGAUUUCUGAAGAACCGGUAGAUUUAGUUAAGAAAAGUGUAUGGAAAGCCUAUUUCAGGUUCCAACAUACUAAGCCUUUAGUACCUUGCCGGGUAGUUACAAACUCUGAUGGUUUAACAAUAAUAUUAGAGCAAAAUUUAAGAGCAAUAACAGAAGGGCAAUAUGGGGUUCUGUAUAGUAGUAAUGUAUGUUAUGGUAGUGCAAAGAUAAAAGAUAUUCAUAAAAACCUUAAACUGCCUUCAAUUGAAUAAGUCUUAAUUUUUUAUAGAAGGCUAAUACAAAAGUCAUGUAUACAUUGUGAAUGUUAAUAUUAUUAUGAUUGUAAAUUUAUUUAUAAAAAUAAAUAGAAUUUGCUAAAAUUAAUUAUAAAGCAGAAAGCUCUUUGUUUCCAAUAAUGUCACCUUUUCCAAUAUUUUUUCUUGAGUGUUAAUAAUAAGUGAUGUUCUGACUAAACUAUAAAGCUAAACGAAAAAUUACAUAACGAAAUUAAUUGGGUUUACAAUUCAAUGCCUUGAAUUUGAUUAUAGUAUGUACGAAUUUAAGCGUCCAAAAUCGAAUUAUUAUCUAGUUCGGUUAGGUUAGGUUAGUAUAUUAAUAUUUUAUUUUAAAUAACUGUCCAAAAAAACGAGUUAUUAUCUAGUUUGGUUAGGUUAGGUAUUGAAUUGUAAUAUUUAACCAAUUAAUUAAAUCACGAAACAUGUUCUGACAUUCUGGCAGAAAGGUGGCUCGAUAGCACGCACGAAUAAUGAUUUGGCCGAUUAGUUGGCUUUUUGCAACUGACUGGCUACUAGUCAGCCAAUGUAAUAGUCGGAACUCGGAAGAUCUCUACUAAUAAUUUAUAUUGAAUAGAUUAAUGUUCCUCUAAAUUUUUGUUUCAACAUCAGUUUGAAUUUUAUUUAUUAUGAGCAUUUUUAUCCCAUAAUAUCUUUCUAUUUAAGUUUUUAAAUAGUAGUAGUUUAGUACCUGGAGUUUUAAGAAAUAAAGUAAGAAAGGAAAUUCACUUGUUAAUAUACCUACAAUA